GUGAGAGGACAGGGGACAGAGUGGACAGAGAGGACAGGUUACUGAGGAGCGGCUCGGGAGACCCGGAGGAAAGACACGGGGCACGUGGGCUCUGAGUGCCCCAAAAGGAAUGGGCGCUCGCGCGUCACUGCGCUGCGCUUCCGCUCCCUAAUCACCUGUCCCGUGCGCGUGACAAUGAGACGGCUCGGGGUCGCGUGCUCGCUGCUGCUGCUGCUCAGCGCGUGCGUGUCACGGAGCCGCGCGCGAGUCCCCGCACCUGGUGCAGGGUUUGACUCCUGUGAGGGCGACAUCCUGCUCCUGCUCGACUCCUCCGGCAGCGUCUCCUACUACGAGUUUUCCCAAAUGCUCCACUUCCUGUCCGACUUGCUCCGCCCCUUCCAGAUUGGGCCUGGGCAUUUCAGGGUGGCGCUGGUGCAGGUGCACACAGAUCCACGGCUGGAGUUUAACUUUGACGAACACAGCAGCCAGAACACGUUGCAGGACUCGCUGCUUAGGAUACAGCAGCUUCGUGGGGACACCAUGACAAAAGAAGCCCUGCAGAUGGCUCGGGAGCGGGUGUUGCAACCAGCAGGACAGAAAGCUCCGCCCAGAGUGCUCCUGUGGGUCACAGAUGGAGUGGACCCAGGGAACAUUGAAGGUCCGCUAGCAGCCCUGCGUAGGGAGGGAGUGUCUGUGCUGGUCGUCUCUACUGGACACACUAAUUACCAGGUGUUUAGGCGAGUCGUGACUCCGCCCAUCGAUCAACACUUGCACUUUGUAGAUGCCGAUUCAAUGGACAUCAUCACCAAGGACCUGAGAGACGCCAUCACAGAGAUGAUCUGCACGUCUUCAGGUCUUCACGUGCGUGACGUGACGUCCCAUAGUGCCAUGCUGUACUGGUGGUCCCUUCUGAUUGGUGGACUGGGUCAGUAUGAGCUCCAGUACGGCGAGUCGGAGUGGGACCUCGACACGUACAACAGACUCACACUAUCACCCGAUCACACCUGGAUUGAGCUCUCGGACCUGCAGCCCGAUACACACUACAGCGUCCGGCUCACGGCACACACACCGGGCAGCACACACAGCAGAGAGCUCAGCACACACUUCACAACCCUGCCAGAGCUGAUCUGCACAGACUGUCUUCACGUGCGUGACGUGACGUCCCAUAGUGCCAUGCUGUACUGGUGGUCCCUUCUGAUUGGUGGACUGGGUCAGUAUGAGCUCCAGUACGGCGAGUCGGAGUGGGACCUCGACACGUACAACAGACUCACACUAUCACCCGAUCACACCUGGAUUGAGCUCUCGGACCUGCAGCCCGAUACACACUACAGCGUCCGGCUCACGGCACACACACCGGGCAGCACACACAGCAGAGAGCUCAGCACACACUUCACAACCCUGCCAGAUGUCUCGGGUCCUACAACAGUGAUGGUGACGGAAUCUGGUCCGGACCGGCUGCGCGUGAGCUGGUCCCCGGUUCAGUCCAGACAGGUCGAGCAGUACCGCGUGGAGUUUGGUCCGAUCCCGAGCGGGGAUGUACGCUCUGUGACGGUGUCCAGGUCGCAGAGCAGCGUACUGCUCACACAGCUCCAGUCCGACACACACUACCUCAUCACCAUCAGCGCCGUACACUCCUCCGGCCAGGAGAGGGCGAUCUCUGUUAAAGCCUGCACUCAGGAGGUUCUCCCAGCCUUACACAAUCUCCGACUGAGACAGAUGGGCUACAACUCGGUGAAAGUUGACUGGACGAUUCAGGAACAAGGGGCGGGGCUUCAGGGUUACUGGGUGAAGUGGGAGACGGGAGCUCACUCUUCAUCAUCAUCAUCAUCAUCUCGUUACAUGCCUGCCCAGUCACUCUCCACUGUACUGACACACCUGAACCCCAUGACCAGGGUGUGUGUGUCACCAGUGUACAGGAUGGCACGUGGAGAGGGGCUGUGCUGCACUACACACACACACACACAGGUACAGAACAGUGAGCACAUGAACAGGACCAACCUGAGCACUCAGAGCAGUAUGAGAGAGAAUUAAAUAUAACUGACACAAAUCAUGCGUGUUAAACAUGACCGCUCCUCUGCAUGUUCACUGAUCCAGGAUGACCAAUACACACCAUUAAUGACGCAUCGCUUUAUUCUUUUUUUACUGACGUCUCUCAUGUGUAUUGCUCUAUGCGGUCAGGUCACACUUGCACUCUCUAAUCGCGUGGUGGUGUACACUUACACAAGCUUCCCUCACAGAGCAGCAUGUGGGACUAGAUCAGAUGUUGGUAUCAGAGUAUCCACACAGUAUCGGGCCAGUGCUUCACCUGUAUCAAUGCAUCCCAUAAUUGUUAUAGUGGAAUGAAGCGCUCUCCUUUUAGUACUUUUAGCAACCUUUUCUUUCAUUAACGCACACAUGGCCUUUACUUUUAUACACGUCCUUUUCAUUGUAAUUGCAAUAAGUGGCUUUUAUUUGGUCUAACACACUGCACAUCUGUCUCGUUCCUCUGAGAGCUGCGGCGUGAACAGAGAGAAGGUUCCAGACUCCAAAGGAAGAAGAGUGAGCGGCGAUUAGCGUGAUGUGGAGGAGAAAUCACUUUCACACUAAAGCUCAUGCUUCUGCUUUUAUAUCCUAAAGACUGGUGUGUGUGUGCGUGUGUGUGUGUGUAGAAUAACUUAACUUUAUCUGAAUUGAUAUAACCAUGUGGAACAGCAUUAAUAACAAAUAUUGUGUAAAAAAUGUCCACAAAUGUCAGGUUCAGUCAUACAGUCUGUCUGGUUAAAAAAUCAAGUUAGCCCCCGUUAGCGUACAGCUUAGCAUCAGCAGCAGCGAUGAAGGUUUAUAUAAAAAAAU